UGUUUGGAAAAAUAUCGAUGAUUUUGCCCGGAAGAUUUACGAGAGAUCUGGGGAAAUCCAGCUUCUGCCAUGUGGCGACCCUGACUGGACGCUAAGCUUCGCUCGACUCGCGUGUUGCGUGCGAGCGCCGGCGGAAGUUCGAAGCGUCCCGGUGAUUGUAUCAAGGUAACCACCCCGUCUCUCAAAGGACAUGGACUCGGACGGCUGUUCGCUGACGUGCUCCGCCACGGUGGAGUGGCUGAACGCUCAGGGAUCCGUUUUGCGGAAGGUGACACACCGGACGGCCACUCUGCGUUUGACGCGCGACAGCAAGCGCGACAUAUUCAUCGACGUGUGCGCGGAAAGGGCGAAUACUCGGACGAGACUGUCCCUGAGAGGUGUGUCGGUGUUCAACAAAUUCAUGACCGAGGGGAAGGCAUCCAUCAAAUUCAGAGAACAAGAGAACUGCACGUUGUUCCUGUCGAACGCGCCCUCCUCCCAGCUGAUCAGCUUCCUGAAGACGAUUUUCGUCAAGCUGACGGGUCAGGACACGUUGAAGAAGCCCCUGAAGGAGAAAUUGCUGAAUGUACAACCGGGCAAUGCGACCAGCGACAUCAGUCCGGCCACAAGCACGGAGGUCAACAAAGCCAGAGAGAAAGCUUUGCUUGCGUCACGUGAGACAGCCACCACUCCGUCACCGGGCUCCGUCAAGAAGAGGAAACACUGCAACGGCGACACCGCCAAGGUACCCGCCGCGAAGAGACUGUACGAGAACCCCACUAUGGGUGACCUGAACGAAGAGCAAAAUGCGAUCUUGAACGCGGUGCUCAACGGGAGGAACGUGUUCUUCACCGGGAGCGCGGGCACCGGCAAGUCUUACUUGCUGAGGAAGAUAAUCUCGGCGUUGCCGCCGGACGUGACGACGGCCACCGCGAGCACCGGGGUGGCGGCUUGCCACAUAGGUGGCAUCACGUUGCACCAGUUCGCCGGCAUCGGCCUGGGCACCGGCACCAUGGAGAGGUGCCUCCAGCUGGCGUCGCGCCCCGCCUCGACCGCGGUGUGGCGGAAGACGAAGCACCUGGUGAUAGACGAGGUCUCCAUGGUGGACGGCGACUUCUUCGACAAGAUCGAGGCGAUCGCGAGACACGUGCGUCGUACGGAACGACCCUUCGGUGGGAUACAGCUGAUCCUGUGCGGCGACUUCUUCCAGUUGCCGCCCGUGUCGAAGAGCACCGAAGCCGGGGGGGCGAAGUUCUGCUUCCAGAGUGAGGCGUGGCAGAAGUGCGUUCACUUCAACUACGAGCUGAGGCGGGUUCACAGGCAGAAGGACGAGGCGUUCGUUAAGAUACUGAACAGCAUCAGGAUCGGCCGGGUGACGGACGAGAUCGUGGGUACCCUGAAGGGCACGGCGAAACAGAGGAUCGAAGGUAACGGAGUGCUGGCGACCAGGCUGUGCUCACACGUCAGGGAAGCCGAUGAGAUCAACGAGUUUCAACUGGGCGAGCUCAAGGGUGAGGCCAGGGUGUACACGGCCUUGGAUUCGGACGAUUCGAUGACGAAGGUGUUGGAUCAGCAGCUGGGCAUACCCGGGAAAUUGGUGCUGAAAGUGGGCGCUCAGGUCAUGCUGCUGAGGAAUAUCAACAUCACCAGCGGACUGGUGAACGGGGCUCGUGGUGUCGUGGUCGACUUCAGAAACGACGUGCCGAUCGUUCAGUUGCGCUCCGGGACGCGCUACGAGGCGAAGAUGGAGAAGUGGAGCUUGAGGAGCGGCUCGGGCGUCCUCGUGCACCGGAAGCAGGUGCCGUUGAAGCUAGCCUGGGCCUUUUCCAUCCACAAGAGCCAGGGCUUGACCCUGGACUGUGUGGAAAUGUGCCUGUCGAGGGUGUUCGACGCCGGACAGUCGUACGUCGCGCUCUCCCGGGCUCAGAGCUUGCAGAGCCUGCGCAUCCUGGACUUCGACAGCCAGCAGGUAUGGGCCAACACCGCUGUGCUCGAGUUCUACAAGAAGUUCCGGAGAAAUCUGCAAGAGACCGAGGUGAUACCGCUGGGCAAGAGAAUCAAGUCGGAGAAGUGAAGAAUGAUGUUUUUGUAUACAUUUUCUUGUAUUUAUUAAUAAUCCUUUUCUUUUUUUAUAUGUAUAUGUGAUUUGUCGGGAGUGAAAGACUUAUUUUCGGCACACGCAAUAAAAAUCGUAGUUUGUAACGUUAUGGUAAGGAUGUAAUUUCGUAAACGUAUAAAAUAACGUUAUAUACUGACGAUAAGAAAUAUAUAUAUAUAUAUGUAAUAUUAUUAGAUACUCAAGACGCGGCAUAGACGGAGUGAUUUUUUAAAUUUUAUAUCUCAAUUAAAGGAAGUCGAUACUUUAUUUUUAUAUCUGUGAUGAAUGUAAGCGCAAAACAUUUUUCUUAUUCCCGACAUUUUCCAUAUUCCUAACACGUACGAUUUUUUUUUGUUUAUGCAGUAUAAUUUCACGUGUCGUCAAUGAUAAUGCAAUUUUGACACUACUUCCCAGCGAGAAAUAUGCAUCGAAUUGACAUUAAAUCGACUUCAAAACAAUAACGACAGACAUAUAUUGAACUUCAAACCUUGAAACCUGUCCGUUAGACAGUUAUCACAUACUUGCAUUAGAUUAGGCCACUCGGUUAUUGGUUAAAGAGAUCUCUACAUAUGACCGUUUUCAAUUAAUAAUAACUCGAAAUUUUGCAUAGCUUGCAAAAUGGUUUGCAAAAUGGUAGACUUCUUUGCUCAGUUUAAUCCGUUCUACCUUCACAUGAUUGUGUGAAACAUACCAGACACCCUGUAUAUAUGUAUAAUGAAAAUAAAACAUGAAAGAGAGAGGGG